CGUUGUCCAAAAAGCGUCAUUAAAGCAUCUUAAAAAAUGGCAUCACAUGAUUAGACUUCCGCAUCACAAGAUGCCGCAUUAUGUUUCGUCCUCUCCUCUUCGAUAAAUAAUGAAAGUCAAACCCGUACACUUGAAGGCCAGUUCAUAAAAAACGUACGCUUUUAUGCCGUUUAAGUAGCAGAAACCGGUUUAGGCGAAGACUCGUCAUGUCGCUGCUGGGACUCGCAAACUUCCUGCUGCUGCUCGUUGGAGUCUCGCUGGCCGCACCACCGUCCUUCAGCGUGGACUACCAGAACGACUGCUUCCGCAAGGAUGGAGAGACGUUCCGCUACAUCUCGGGCAGCAUCCACUACAGCAGGAUCCCCAGGGCCUACUGGAAGGACCGGCUGCUUAAGAUGUACAUGGCGGGCCUGAAUGCCGUCCAGACGUAUAUUCCAUGGAACUUCCACGAGGAGUCUCCGGGCAUGUACGACUUCAGCGGAGACAGAGAUUUGGAACAUUUCCUUCAGCUGGCUCAGGAUAUUGGCCUACUGGUCAUUCUUCGACCGGGGCCUUAUAUUUGUGCCGAGUGGGACAUGGGAGGACUGCCUGCCUGGCUUCUGCAGAAGAAAGACAUUGUGCUGCGCUCUUCAGAUCCAGAUUACAUAGCAGCAGUGGACAGCUGGAUGAGCAAGUUGCUGCCGAUGAUGAAGCGUUUCCUCUAUCAGAAUGGCGGCCCUAUCAUCAGCGUGCAGGUGGAGAAUGAAUACGGCAGCUACUUUGCGUGCGACUACAACUACAUGCGUCACCUCUCCAAGCUAAUGCGGUCUUACCUGGGCGAGGACGCGGUGCUGUUCACCACCGACGGCGCGUCGCUGGGCUUCCUCAAGUGCGGCGCCAUCCAAGGCGUCUACGCCACCGUCGACUUCGGUCCAGGUUCCAAUGUGUCCGCAGCAUUUGCAGUGCAGCGACAUGCAGAACCUCAUGGACCCUUGGUGAACUCUGAGUACUACACAGGCUGGCUGGACCACUGGGGCUGGCCUCACUCCACCGUCUCGGCCAAAAAAGUGGCCUUGACCCUCAACGAGAUCCUGGCCACGGGUGCAAACGUCAACCUGUACAUGUUCAUUGGGGGGACCAACUUUGGAUACUGGAAUGGUGCCAAUUCGCCUUACGCAGCGCAGCCGACCAGUUACGACUACAACGCUCCACUCACUGAGGCCGGAGACCUCACCGAGAAGUACUUUGCAAUCCGGGAGGUGAUCAAAAUGUACCGCGAAAUACCACAAGGGCUCAUACCGCCAUCAAGUCCGAAGUUUGCGUACGGUGCUGUCAAAAUGCAGCAGCUGCAAACGGUGUCCGAAGCCUUAGAGACAAUCUCCUUUUCUGGUCCAGUGGCGAGCGUGUUCCCUCAGACGUUCACUGACCUCAACCAGGCAUUUGGCUACGUGCUGUACAGGACUGAGCUGCCGGUGAAUUGCAGCACGCCCACGCCGCUGGCGUCGCCACUGAACGGAGUCCAUGACCGAGCGUAUGUGUCUGUGGACGGGGUGGCUGCGGGCGUUCUGGAGAGAAACAAAGUUCUAAGCAUUAACGUGACCGGCAAAGCUGGCAGUCAAGUGGACAUACUGGUGGAGAACAUGGGGCGGAUCAACUACGGAAGAUCUAUUAAUGACUUCAAGGGCCUCGUGACCGACCUGACGUUGGGCAAUGUCGCGCUCAAGGGGUGGACCAUGUACAGCCUCAGUAUUGACCAAGCGGUCAGCCAGGGCCUCUUCUGGGAGACGAAAUCCACGUCGGCCGGCCCCCUACCUCCCGCCGCCCUCUCACUUCCGGCCUUCUACGUAGGAACUUUCCUCAUUCCCGACGGCAUCCCAGAUCUCCCUCAGGACACUUACAUCAGCCUGUCCAAAUGGCGCAAGGGGCAGGUUUGGAUCAACGGUUUCAAUUUGGGACGCUACUGGCCGUCGCGAGGUCCCCAGUUGACUCUUUUCGUGCCGGGCAGCAUCCUCAGCACCGACGCCCCCAACAACGUGACGGUCCUGGAGCUGGAGGCGGCCCCCUGCCUCUCGGGACCGUGCACGGUGGAGUUCACCACCGCGCCCAUCCUGAAUGCGACGGUGCAGAACGACCGCCGGCAGCGCUGGCCGACGUUUAGAGCCCAUUUGCUUUAAUCAUAAAGGGAAGAGUCUGUUUUGCAAAUUUUGCUGAAAACAGUCACUUGAUUUGUGACUGAUUGCAGAAAUAGCUGUGACUUUUAAUGAUUCAAUGUGUCUUCUGGAGAAGUGCUGAAGUACUUUACCACAUUAAUGACAUUUUAAGCUUUCAUCACUGGGUUCAUCAUUAUUUUGCCUAAAUAAUAGUUUUGAAUGCCAAAAACACAUCAGGGAAAUACACACUUUUUACAUGUUGUGGUAAAAUUGCCUGUUUUUUUUAUUUCUGCAUUUGAAUGGAUUGAGUUUUAAUAAAAAUGGAAGGAUUAUACUGCACAAUGA